AUGUCCUCCUUCCAAGAUAAAGAAAUCCCUGGCGUCAUUGCCCUCUUUGAUGUCGAUGGUACUUUGACCCCUGCUCGUUUGGAAAUUGGUGAAAAAAUGAAGACCCUUUUACCUGAAUUGCGCAAGAAGAUCGUCAUUGGGUUUGUCGGGGGUUCUGACUUGGCCAAGCAAAAGGAACAAUUGGGUAGUGAUGUCCUCAGUCAAUUUGACUACUGUUUCUCCGAAAACGGAUUGACCGCUUUCAAAGAAGGUCAAGAAUUGGCAUCUCAAUCCUUUAUCAACUGGAUUGGUAAUGAAGAAUACAACAAGUUGGCCAAGUGGAUCUUGGGUUACUUGGCCUCGAUCGACCUCCCAGUUAGAAGAGGUACUUUUAUCGAGUUCCGUAAUGGUAUGAUCAACGUUUCUCCAGUUGGUAGAAACGCUUCUACUCAAGAAAGAAACGACUUUGAAGCUUACGACAAGAUCCACAAGAUCCGUGAAACUAUGGUCACCGAAUUGAAGAAGAACUUCCCUCAUUUGGCCUUGACUUACUCUAUCGGUGGUCAAAUCUCUUUUGACGUGUUCCCAACUGGUUGGGACAAGACUUAUUGUUUGCAACACAUUGCCGACCAAAAGUUCAAGGAAAUUCACUUCUUUGGUGAUAAGGCUUAUCCAGGUGGUAACGACUGGGAAAUCUUCAGUGAUGAAAGAACCAUUGGCCACUCUGUCAAGAACCCUGACGAAACUUAUGAUAUCUUGAAGGAAUUAUUCUUCAAGGAACAAUAA